AUGUCGACUGAGCCUGAACCAACCAUGAACUCAAAUCCAGAGCCUGGACCCCACUGGCCGAGCGCAUUUGAAACCUGGGGAAAAGCCUGGGACCUACACAUUUACUUGUUUGCAGUGCUGUACUUGUUGACUGCUGGAACGUCUGCCAGUGCGCUCGUUUAUGAUGUCAUUGCCAAUCAUGGGAUAAAAGGACUGAAGCUGACUCUGUAUCUGACAUUGCUAUUUAUUGGUUGUUCAAGAGCUUUUAUUUUAUUUUUCGAUCUAUAUAGCUCGCGAGGAAUCCUGGGCCUGCUCACUACUUACAUCACGUGGUCUUUAGGCCUUCCGUGCGUCCUUGCGGCUCUCGGUCUUCUGCUUCUCGUGUUUGCAGACGCAACAAAGAUGAAUCUUGCGCCUCCGCGCUUUCAGAAAUUAUCCACCGCAAUGGGUGCGAUGGUUUUCAACAUUCUCAUCGUUAUCACAACUGAUCUAAUUUUCCUGCUCACUAGCAAAGGCUUUAUUUUACUAAUACUUUGUUACGUUUAUUUUCUACUUCUUGGCCUGAUACUUACCGCCGGACUCCUUCGAAUUGGAUGUCAGAUUUCCAACAACUCGGCGGCACAAAUUUACGGCGAUGGAGGCCUUUCACGGCUUCGUAUCCUCGCUUUCAUCCCCCGCGCAUGGCCCUGGUACGCUGUACAGACCCUACUGCGGGCGCUUGAAGUGAGCAUGUGUUUUGUGAUGAUGGCUAUUGUGUUUAAUAACAGAUUCAGUUCAUUUUUAUUUUGUUGUAAAAAAUUUAUCCCAAAAAGAUUUAACAACAAUGUUUCACCUUUGCCACUAGGUUUUGCAAAGGCGUAA